AUGAUUCAAAGGUCCUACUACCAACCAUACUGUCACUUACUCUUACCACUAGAUAAUUUAAUUGCUCAUGGUUUGACUCAUAAAUUAUACGAUAAACGGAAAUCUACUGCCUACGAGUUAGAACGAGUUGUUCGACAAUACUUGGAAAAAAAUGAAACGGACAAAGUGCAGGAUGUCAUCAAUGAGCUGGCGGACAAUUUCAUUUAUUCGCCAACAAAAGGAUCUAACGCUGUUUAUGGUGGACUAAUAGGUCUAGCCGCAGUUGCUAUUGCCCUGGGUCCGAAAAUUGACAAAUAUAUGGAGUCAAUUAUAAUGCCAGUGCUAUACUGUUUUAAUGAUUCCGAUUCCAAAAUCCGUUACUAUGCAUGUGAAAGCAUGUAUAAUAUUGGCAAAGUUGCUAAAGGAGAAGUAUUUCGCUUUUUUAAUCUUAUGUUCGAUGUUUUAUGCAAAUUAUUUGCUGACACAGAAAUAACUGUUAAGAAUGGCGCCGAAUUGUUGGAUAGAUUGGUUAAGGACAUUGUCAUCCAGCAAGCUUCAACGUACAUGUCUAGUGUGGAAAACCUCGACAAUUUUAAAGACAAAACCGCUACUUCUUCUAUGCAGGAUGUUCCAGUCUUAUCUUGUGAAUCUCCUCAAAUGCAAACGUUUUCUCUUGCCAAGCUCGUUCCUUUGCUAUCCGAAAGGUUGUAUGUAAUAAACCCCAAUACCAGAAUGUUUUUAGUUUCUUGGAUUCGAUUACUUGACAGUAUUCCAGACCUUGAAUUCAUUUCUUACUUGCCUUACCUUCUGGAUGGGCUUAUGAACUACUUGAGUGAUCCUAAUGAAAGUAUUCGAAUCGUUACAAGUAACUGCUUAUACGAUUUUUUGAGAGAAAUUCAGAGAAUAGCCAAAGUGAAGUAUCAUAUUCUUCAACGAGAUGAAGAAAGUGAACCCGACUUUUUUAAUUUGAUGAUUCGCCGAGUAACAUCUGAUUCAGAAAUGCAUGAGAUUUCAGAAUACGUGGAGGGUUCGCUGAAAGAUGGAUCCUUUAUACUAGAAGCGCAUAUUCAAAUUGACUGCAAGAAAAUUUUAGAAAUAAUAGUCAAUCAUUUGGGUUCAUCUGUACCUCUUAUCCAAGAAAAGGCACUGAAAUGGCUUUAUGAGUUUAUUUACAUUUCACCAAAGGACGUUCUCGUUUUAAUUUCAAAGGUGCUAGAAAACCUUUUACCUUUAAUGUCUAAAGGAGAAAAUAUUCGUCAGACUGCUAAAGAGCUCAGUCAAAACUUGGUCAUCUUAGUCAGUAAAGUGAUGGAUAUUGAGAUAUCUGAGCUUGAUACCAGUCAAAAUGAUAAUAGUUUAACUGUUGACUUCCAUACAUUAAUAGAAGUUUUGCAGAAACUUCUUUCCAAUGAUAACGAAGAAACUCGACUAUGUUCUCUUGAAUGGGUUUUAUUAUUACAAAGGAGAGCAGGCGGAAAACUCAUCAGUAUGCAUGAUACGAUUUUUCAGACGUUCUUGAUGCAGCUGUCAGAUCCUAGUGACCUGGUUGUUUCUCGAAUUUUGGAACUUUUGGCUUAUAUCGCCAUUUCUCACAAAAGCGAAAAUUUGGUUCCUUUCUUAAAGUAUCUUUUACAAAUGUUUUCUGAAGAUAGGAAGUUUUUGAAUUCUCGGGGUAAUCUCAUCAUUCGCCAACUAUGCAAUCAUAUUGAAGGGGAACGGGUUUAUACUGCAUUUGCCAGUAUUUUAGAAGUAGAAGAGAACUUGGAAUUGGCAAGCACUAUGGUCGAGGUUUUAAAUAACAAUCUAUUUACAGCUCCUGAAUUGUUUGAUCUUCGGAAAAAGCUAAAGCAGAACUCUCUAAAACUACAAAACAUCUUCACAACCCUUUAUCGUGCAUGGUGUCAUAAUUCUGUCGCAGUUUUUGCCUUAUGUCUUUUGUCUCAAAAUUACGAACAUGCCGCAAACCUCCUAACCGUAUUUGCCGAAAUUGAAUUUAAUGUUGAUAUGCUGAUUCAAUUGGACAAGUUGGUGCAACUCAUCGAGUCACCGGUUUUUACAUAUAUGCGUUUACAACUGCUGGAGCCUGAAAAGUAUCCUUACCUUCAUAAAGCUCUGUACGGAAUUUUAAUGCUGUUACCGCAGUCUUCUGCCUUCAGAACUCUGCGGGACCGACUCCAAUGUACUACCGUGACGAAAAGCAGUGUUUUACUACCAAACGAACGCAUCAGUAGAACGAGAAGAGACGAUCCCUACUGGUCUGAUUUAUUAGAAAGGCUGCGUACCGUGCAACUUUCUCAUCAGAAUAAUUACCGCGAACCAAUUCGGGCAACUAAUUUAGCUUUAGCAGGAGCGUUGCCAUCAAUUCCGACAGCCACGACGAUAUCAACAACUACGUCGGCCUCAGGAAUAACGACUACUGCUAGUAAUUCCAAAGAUUUAAUCGCUAAUAAGUUUCCGCAUGCUGUAGCAGUGCCACCGGGAACUCGAAAGAAAUCCAAAUAA